AUGCCCUCCGAACUUAAUCCAAAGCACUACUUUCGUCCCGUAAGCCAAGCCAUCAACAAUCUAGCUAUCAACCUCGAGUGUCGCAAGGCUCAUGGAGGACGCCAGAGGGAUACAGAGGAAGCGAAUGCUUGCCUGCCUCAAUUUUUGACCUUGCUCAUUAAAUGCCUCCAUUUAACGCCACAGUCGAGCCUCAACGACAUCAACACCCCAGCUUUGGUUCACCGUGGGCCACUCUUCUCUCUACAUCCACCUCAAUAUCUCCUAUGCGCAUGGUCUCAAUACCUAGUCAUGAGGCUCGAAACUCUGUCUGGCUGCGCAAUCCAGCAUCGCGGAUGUAUUUGCUUUCGUGACUUCGACGAAGAACUGCGAAUCGCCUACUUGCUGUCUGAGGAGCGAUCGAGAUCAUACUUGGCUGCAGGCAGUUAUGACGAACAUUCGCCUGAAGCUCACGGCGAACUAAGCACGACACCUCACUUCUCUUUAAUAUGGUUCCAGAUUCUGAGUGUGGAGCGAAGGACGGAGAAGGCACCGCAGUACCGCUUCGCGAUCUCAACAUCUGUGUCCAAGAUAUCUACCUCAGCUUCAUUUCAAUCUCCUGCCUUCCUUUCUCUCAUUUCAUCCACCCCCCUAUCCUUUCCAAACCCAACCCCAACCUCUAAUCCUUAA